CUGUGGCGACCUUCCGCGAGGCGGCGGCAAUUGGACAACAAUGGGUACAGCACCCGUGCACCUAAAACGUGGACACCUGCACCUACGAUUGUCGACUACAUCACGCGCAAUCCUACGACCACGGAAUCGCCUGAACCUACCGAUGAACCCGAACCUACUGAUGAACCUGAGCCAACAGAGCAACCAGAAGUACCGGAACCGACUAAUGGCUACUCAACCCGUGCUCCUCGUACGAGUACAACAAUCCGACCUUCAACAUCGCCGACAACUAUCACCCCGACGACCACCAACACCGCAUCUCCUGCAACCACCGCCGUAUACGCUACUACCACGGUGAAUCCGAAGACCACCCGUCACACUACCACCACCACGGCUAAGCCCACCACCACUACCGCCAAGCCCACGACGACCUCAGCAAAGCCCACGACCACCACUGCCACCUCCACUACCACGACGGCUAAGCCUACCACAGCAGCGACGUACCAAACCCUUCCACCUCGUACUACCACUACGGCUACGCCUACCAUCACCACUUCCAAGCCAACCACGACCACCUCCAAGCCCACGUCCACCACUGCCAUUCCCCUGUGCCAUUCCCACUACCACGGCUAA